CCUGCGGAACAGUAUUCAUGACGUGAGCAAGAGUGUGUGAGAUAACAGAAUACGGUUACCGCGACUCGGCCAGUCCGUGCUGACCCGACUUUGAUUUAUUUGCUUUUCUCUCUUUUGCAUCUUGCUCUUAUUCAAGUGUUUCUGAUCAGUACGUCCUCGUGUUUAUCAGUACGCCGACGGCACACUGGUCGUCGCCCUCGCACGGGAAACUCCCGGUAUUCAUUUCGCGGUGUUUUUCGCGACGACUAUAAAAUUCAGUGAGAGAUUGACCACUGCAUCCGACAUGCAUCAGGAGAACAACGAGCGUACACCAUUAAUUAUACCGCCAAGGAAACGAUGGAUCCCGAUGCGGAUUCUGAUCUGCGUGAUGACCUUCACCGCCUGCUGGACCAGCUACAUGUGUCGGCUGCAGAUGCCGAUCCUGGCGGUGGCGAUGAUCCACGAACAGCCGUUGAAUCUCACGGCCGGCGUGUGCGCGUUCAAUGAGCAGGCCGCGCCGCCGCGGCAACGGCGCUCCGUCAUCCUGGACGUGCUCGACCCGGGUAGCUACUUGGAGAACUACGUCCUCGAGCGCGUCGAGCUCGAGCGAGCGGAAUCGCAAGAGUACAAGAUUACGAAGAGGCACUCGCUGCAUCGUCGGCAGGUCGACAGCGCGUCGCCUUCACCAGACGUAGUGACGCGACCUCGGCGCUCGAACUUUCAACUGUUCAGCGGCCUGCCCUUCGACUGGACCCCAGAGGUGCGGGGUCAGCUGAUCGCCGCGUACAGCUACGGCAAUGUGCCCGGCAACUUCAUUGGCGGCUACCUGGCGCUGCGUUAUGGCCCGCGGCAGGCGGUGCUCUGGACAUCGCUCGUGGCCGCCGUGGCAUCGCUGAUCAGCCCGAUAUUGGCGCAGUUGCAUUGGGGAGUGCUGUUCUUCUCAAGGAUUAUCGUCGGCGUCACUGGCGGCGUGGUCUUCCCCGCAGCGCACACCAUGAUAGCCAAAUGGGCGCCGCCGAACGAGAAGUCGCGCUUCGUCUGGUCCUUGCUGGGUGGCACCUUCGGCACGAUAUUCACUUAUCCAAUGGUAGCCGCCAUCGCGGAGACGGUGAACUGGGAGUCCGCCUGGUACAUACCGUCCUUGCUGAUGUUCGUGUGGAUCGUCGUGUGGGCGUUGGUCGCCUACGACUCGCCUAUGGAGCAUCCGGGAAUCACCCCUGAGGAGAAAGAUUACAUCUUGAGCUCACAAGCGGAUACAGUCCGUCCCGAGAAACCCACAUGGAAGCAGACGCCGGUGAAGAAGAUAUUAACAUCGGUGCCAUUCAUUAGCCUGAUUAUAUGCCACUUCGGGAAUCUCUUCUUGCUGUGCUUCUAUCAAAACUCCUUGAUGUUGUACUUGACUAAGGCAUUGGGAUUCCAACUGACGAAGGGCGGCGUGGCGGCGGGCGCGCCCUGGGCAGGCAGGAUGUUAUUUGGAUUCUUCUUCAGCUGGAUAAGCGACACCGUGAAGAAGAGAAAUCUCAUGUCCACCACAAUCCUAAGAAAAGUCGCAACUAUAUUUUCGCAUCUUUUACCUGGCAUCUUCCUGAUAUUAGUCGGCUACGUCGGCUGCGACAUAGUGCUGGCGAAUGUCUGCUUGAUAUUCGCGUUAGCCUUCAACGGCGCCGCUAUUAUCUCCAAUUUGUCGAAUAAUCAAGAUCUAGCGCCGAAUUUCGCCGGCUUUCUCUACGGUAUCAUGAACAUGAUCGGCAGUAUCUCCGGGAUGAUUAUCCCGCCCAUGGUCGAGGAAAUAGCCGGAAAAUACGGGAACCCGAUUGACAGGUGGCAGACAGUCUUUUGGAUUGGUGCGGCAGUAUGCAUCGCAUCCAUGGUAGUCUUUCUGUUCGGCGGUAACGGACAGAUUCAGAGCUGGAAUGAGAUCCAGCCUGAGAGAUCGGACAAUCAAGAGUUGGAAAGGCCACAGAAAAGUUGAAAACUCUUGUGCACUAACGAAUAUGCAACGCGACCUCCCCGGAUCGCUAAUUUUCAUAAAGACACUUUUUAAACUGUUGACUCUCUGGUGAGCAAAAAUGCAAGAGACUAUUUCUUCUCCGUGAUGAUCGUAAAUGGUCGUAUGAUAAAUAGUGAAAUAAAAUAUGUAGACAAAACAUAUUCAUUUCGUCAUUUCACGUAUCUCAUUUCACCAUUUAUUAUAUGACUACUUAUUGAUUAUCAAGGAAAAAGGAUCAAAGAGAAAAAAGAAUAAUAAAAAAAGCAAUUCAAAUUUAUUCAUUAGAUAAUUCUCAUUAUACUCAAUAAAAAAGAUCGAAAAAUAGAUCGAAAAAUCAUCAUAGUUACAAAUAUUCUACAGUAAUGUUAUAAUUAAUAUAUUAAUUAUAACAUAUUGUAAAUUAUGUUUAAAUCAAUAAUUUUCUGUUUCUUUCUCGGCAACUUUUAACAUUGUAUCUAGAACGAGUGGUGCAAAGAGAUUGUUGAUUUAUAACCUUAGAAUUGAGUGAUGUAACUGCAAAAGUUGCUGUCUGUUAGAUCAACAGGUAUCAACAUAAGAAUUGAAACUGCUUUAAUAUCUGCUUUGCAAAAUGCAUCACUAACCAAAGUAGAAUGAAUUCUUUGUAAUAAACUUUCAUUUGUUCCAAGUUAUAAUUAAUAUAUAAAUUAAUUUUAGCGCUAUUAGAAUAUAGUUAGAAUUACAAUGGACGUAUUUUUAAUUACCAGGCGAAAAAAUAUGACUAUAUUUACGGGUACAAAAAAUGAAAAUUGUUCUUGAACUGAAGAAAAUAAUUAAAGGUAUACUGAAACUAUGCCCUGUAAAUCAACAACUUCACCAAAGAAAAUUAUGAAUGAGUAAUAGUAACAGAUUAAUGGAAACACACAAAUAACUUGCGCGCAUGAUAAUAUAACCGAAAAACAUUUGUAAUUUUUUUUUACAGGAUCUAUUUUUUCGAUCUAUGUACUUUUUAUUCAGUAAUAAUGAGCUCUUUCUGUAAAUCUUGAA